CCUGCCGCCGCCUCUUCCGGCCGCUCACCUGGGCCCCGGCCCCGGCACCAGGAUGAAGGACCGGCUGGAGCAGCUGAAGGCCAAGCAGCUGACGCAGGAUGACGACGCCGACGAGGUCGAGAUCGCUGUUGACAACACAGCUUUCAUGGACGAGUUCUUCUCCGAGAUCGAGGAGACGCGAGUCAACAUUGACAAGAUCUCCGAACACGUGGAGGAAGCGAAGAGGCUCUACAGUGUCAUCCUGUCUGCGCCCAUCCCCGAGCCAAAAACCAAGGACGACCUGGAGCAGCUCACUGCCGAGAUCAAGAAGAGGGCGAACAAUGUCCGGAACAAGCUGAAGAGCAUGGAGCAGCAUAUCGAGGGGGACGAGGUGCGGUCGUCGGCAGACCUUCGGAUCCGCAAAUCCCAGCACUCUGUCCUGUCCCGGAAGUUUGUGGAGGUGAUGACCAAGUACAACGAGGCCCAGGUGGACUUCCGUGAGCGCAGCAAAGGGCGGAUCCAGCGGCAGCUCGAGAUCACCGGCAAAAAGACCACCGACGAGGAGCUGGAGGAGAUGCUGGAGAGUGGGAACCCUGCCAUCUUCACCUCGGGGAUCAUCGACUCCCAGAUUUCCAAGCAAGCCCUCAGCGAGAUCGAGGGCCGGCACAAGGACAUCGUGAGGCUGGAGAGCAGCAUCAAGGAGCUCCACGACAUGUUCAUGGACAUCGCCAUGCUGGUGGAGAACCAGGGGGAGAUGUUAGAUAACAUAGAGCUGAAUGUCAUGCACACGGUGGACCAUGUGGAGAAAGCUCGGGAGGAGACCAAAAGAGCCGUGAAGUACCAGGGUCAGGCCCGGAAGAAAUUGCUAAUUAUCAUUAUGGUAGUAGUUGUGUUGCUGGGCAUUUUAGCGUUGGUUAUCGGACUUGCCGUUGGGCUGAAGUGAUGGCCCGGAGGCGGCCGUGCUGACAUGUGUGGCCAAGUCUUACUGUCGCUCUUCACCGUCACCCUGGGUGCUGACCGACCAGCAUCUCCUCCCCCUGCCUGUCGUAGAGCCCGAUUUCACCCCAGCCUGGUGUGGCCACCACCCCCGUCUUCAGAUGGGAGCGGAGUGUGAAUGGCCUUCCUGAGAGAGUGAGCCCCAUUCCUUUGUUUCCCUGUAACCACCCCUGGACCCGACCCGGCCAACCGUCCCGCCCGGGAGGAGCCUCAGCUCCCGAUGCAGCCCGCGCCACCCCUCCUGCCCUCCAGCUCUGAAGCGCCUUCUCCUGGACUGCAGGAACCAAGCCAGCGUCUCUCCCCUCGACGUGUCGAACUGCGUCCUGUGCCGUGGAGAGCCUCGCUGCGCCCUCCCCAAGGCACUGUGCCGUCUACCUCACGAGUUCUCCCAGCUUUGUAAUGGCUGGGUUUUUUUAAAAGUGGGCUAUCUUUAACAAAACAAGGGGAUUCUUCCAAGUUUGGCAACAAUAAGACUUGGGCCUGAGUCUCCAGCCUGGCAGGAUCCCAGUCAUCCCAGCUUAGUGUCCUGCCUGAAGGCAGGAGGCGCUGGCAGAGGUUGCCGUGGUCUCGGAAGCCGACUUCUCUGAAAUGCAGCCUGGAAAUGAAGCUCUCAGUGGCUGAGCUCCGUGGCCGACUUCCACCUCUGUCUCUGCUGUCCUCAUGUGGACUCAGGGAGGCACCACCUGAGCCUGUUGUCUGAGGUUGCUGUCUGUCCAGGCUGGGCUGUGGGGUCACCGUUCCCACGUCUGGGCCUGGGGAGCUGGCUGUUUACUGCUAGAGCGGUGGCUAAGAAGCCGCUGCAGGGAGGCCCAGAAUAACCGGUCCUGUAAAAUCAGCCAGGGCUGAGGUGCUUGACUGAGUCUCAGGCUCUGGGGAGCCUUCAGACGGGGGCAGCUGUGAGUAUUCAGGCACUUCAUGUGUUCCAGAUGUAUUUUUAUAAUCGUAUGUGUGAUACGUAUGUGCAUACAUGCAUGGGUCUCUCAGGAAGUAGGGAACUGUAAAUGAGGAUAUUCGAACCUCAAGAGAAUAACUUGAGCUAGGCCAAAAAUCAGGUAAGAGACUUUCGCUUACCUGCAGCUGCAUCAUAAACGUGGUGAAACGUGAUCUUCUCGGGUCAUGGAGAAACUUGCUGUUUUCUGCACAAGCGCUCAGAGAACCCAGACGGCUGGGGUGGGCACCAGGCCGGUCCCCAUGAGCAGACAGGAGGGACGAGCUCGACACCCCUCCCUGCUUGCUGCCUGGGCUAGGCUUGUCCUGAGAACAUCCCAUCGCAGUCCGCUAUCGUUCGCGUGACCGUGGGGGUGUCCUGUGUCCACGACUAAGCCAGCUCGGGAAGCCGAGGUCCACUCAGCAGUUCUUCCUGCUCCCAGGUAGAUUCCUUGUGGCCCCACUUGUCAUGGAGGAAGCGACAGCCAGGAAAUUUGUAAGCGUAGUUUCUGUGCCGAGCCAGUGUGAGCCCGAGACUCCCGGCUGGUCCCGUCCAGCCUCCCGAUUCAUACCUCAGCUUUGACUUUAGUGCUUUCUAGGACUGGGGAGCAGCCUGACACGGGCACCCCGCCUUCCUGUGCCAAGGCUACUCACUCAGCCAGCGCCCAGCACUCAGACGGAGCCGAGGGCCCCAUCGCCUGUGGCUGUGAUGUCUGACUCUGGCCAGGCUUCAGCAAUGCAGGCAGCCAAGCGCCAAUCACAGACCUGUGCUCUCCUGAGACUGAGGCCUGGGGCUUAUCAUUUGGAUACAACAAGUGAAGGGUUUUUUGGUUCUUUUUUUAAAAUGUAAACUGGAUGAUUUUAAUUGCUAAUUUAAAAAUAAAUGACUCUAUAUACUGAUUGUGAAGCGGUUCUGGCUCCAGGUCCCUGUGAAACACUGAGUGAUGGGCUGCCCCACGUGGUGACUUUUGUUUAGGUUUUGGAAACGGGUGAAAAAAUUUUUUAACCGUGUGCUAGAGCAGGUGGAUUGAAAGUUCUAAUUUUUGACAGUGGUUUAACUCCCAAAGAGCGCACUGUAAAGAUCCAUGUAUUUGGAUCUUAAAUUUCAAGGGACUGCCCCCAAAAGGCUUUGGUUUACUCACUGAGAAUAUCUGUGGCUCUGGGGGAGAGUGGGGUGAACCUGAUUUGAUGGUAGCUGCAAGGCAGAAGAGAAUAUGAAAAUAUGAGCUUGCUGUUGGUCAGAUCUGUGAGUCACUCACUGAGAGGUGAUGUGUCUCAGCAUCCUGGGUUCUAGAAGCCAGAUCCAUCUCGCUUUCCCUUCAUGUCCGCUUCCGUGCCGACCCAUCCCUGUCUGCCUUCCUCUGAAACCCUCUCUGCAGUGACGUCAUUUCUCACCUGCUUUUUCUUUCCUCAUCUGGAUGAACAGAAGAAGAUCAUGAUCAUGAUCUGCUGUGUUAUCCUUGCGAUCAUCUUAGCUUCUACUAUUGGGGGCAUAUUUGCCUGAAAAAAACAAACAGCCCUCACAGAUGGACCCUCACCUGCUUUCUCAUCCUUCUUCCACCUCUGUGGGGCCGCCACUUCGCUGCCGCAGACUCCUCCCAAGUUCUUCUUUCCAUUGUGAAACCUCAUAUGACACAGGACCUCAACCAUCUCCCCAUUCAAAGUGACGCAAAGGGAGACUUAGGAGAACAUGGACUUGGGCGGCAGGCAGGGGUGAUGGGGCGGGGAGCAUGGCACUUUGUGGCGGGCGAGGAAGGUGGUUCGCGGAGAACACGUAGGAGACUGUUCAGGAAAUGUGGAGCUGGAGCCCUCUGACGUCAGCUGCGGGGGGCAGGACUUCACCGCGGGGCGGGGCGCUGCUGCUUCUGCACUUCCGGCUCCAGGUCUCACCUUUGACCCACCCCCGUCCCCUUCCUUCUUCAGAGCCUCACAGUCUCUGAGGCGAUUGUCCAGUGAUAGACCCCGAGCAUGGCCCCUCACUGCUGUGUCCAGUGCUUAGCACAGGGCCUGCCACUUACAGCUGCUCCCUCUGUCCACUUCACUAUGCUGAUUUCUGCUAUGGAUGAAUCCUUGGACUUGAUUCUUCAACAUUUUAAGGCAUCAAUGGGAAAUGAUCUAUAUCAGUCUGUAUAAAAAUGUCCCGGAGUGGGUUGAUCCACUUAUGCAAAAGUACAGAAGCGCCCCCUACCCCCAUUUCCACAACAUACACUUUAAAAGUCCUUCAUUUAUGGGAGGUGGUGAUCGAGUUGUCAACAGCCUGUUACUUUGCAGAGAUGGCUGGCCCCAGGAUUGUGGUUCAGUAAUUAAACGUGGACCCCGAAACAGGUUUAUGCUGUGGCUGAAUGCCCCAUAGUCAUCACCACCACUGCUCCAUGAGCCCUAACAGAGGUGACAAUGUCAGGUCAGAAGGUGCAAUGAACCCAUCACUGUUCCUUCAGAUUCACGCGGCCAGCUGAGACUGGCCGCACUGGCCGGCAGCAUGUGUGCAGCAGACGGUUCCAGACACUGUCCUCUAGUCAAGGUCCAGGUGUGUUCUAAUGCAACUCAGUGAUUACUGUACGAGAGAUCCACUACAAAUACAUUAAAAUCACGGCAUACCAUUCUUGACCACUCAACUGCUUAGAUGAAUUUGUACUUUGGAAAGUAAAUUAUUUUGCCAUUAAGUCUAACUUUUUAAGAAAGUGGGGUUAAAAAAAAAAAAACGGACACUUUAGUCAAUGCUGUUUUCUGCCCACUUUCAAAGCAAAUGGUUUAAUAUUUCUAUCAAUCUGUAUCUCCUUUGGUUUGCAUACAGGAUAGAAACCACUACUAGCUAGCUCUGAAAAACAGGUGAACUUUGUUCAAGGCAAACACCGGGCUGGAACCAUGGGCCUUUGAAUGACCCGGGCCCUUGCUCAUUCAGCAAUAGGGAUCUGCGCGCCGGGCAGCAGACGCAGAGCCAGACACCCUCCAUCCUCAGAGGGUUUCAGGCCUAGGAAAGACCACACCAUUCAGCUUUUCUAUUAGUUCCUUUUGCUAAAAGGCAAGGGUAUGUGUCUUGCCACAUUGUCCAACAUCCCCCCUUCCAUGACUGAGAGAAGGUGGGUAGCUGGGCAUAAAUAAAUAUGUUGAGUCAAGUAUUCUGUG